GAGGAUGGACCUUCAGGUGAGGCUUGUAUUAAUAAAGAAUGACAACCACUGCUUAAUAGUCAUUUAUGGUGGAGUUUGAAAUUGUCUCUUUAUGGUGGCUUCUCAAGCUGAAAUUAGUUGCACUUACCUGGCCAUCCCGAAAUCUGAAACCUUGACGACCAAUGAUUCCCCCACCAGGCAGUUGCAAGCAGCCUAUUGAAGAAAUGGAGUUAAUUACGUUUGGGUCAAAGGGAAAAAAAACCCAGAUUCAUAGGUUCUGAAGGUAUUAGAAAGGAAGGAUAUGGAAAGAUGAGAGUCAGAAAUGCAGCACAUGUUGCUACUGGUUACAGGGCUUGAGCAAAAUAUCAGAUUUUAAAAGGAUCAGUCCUACUUAUAUAAGCAUCUUGUCCUCCUCAGACAUUAUCCCUUCCCAAAUCACCUUUAAUGCAAUUCUGUGAACAUUCCUUCAUAUGCCAUCUUUCACCCAAACACUGAUUAUAUCACUGUGAUCCAAGAUGGCACAUAAAGGAAGGUUCACAAACUAAUCUCUCCCAUGUCCUCUGUACUUUCCUGUGUCCCCAGGGGUUUGCUGUCUCCACAGGGCACAUAGUACUUUAUAAAACAUAAAUAACAGGAGCAGCAGCAGAGAUUGAAUCCAAGGCUGAUGAAUUCAUGGAUCAAAAGGAUAUGGCAGCACAGUAACUGCACUGACUCAAUAGGCCACACAUGCAAAAAAAUGCUCUGCAUACAUAAUAAGCUAUGUAUGUACUGCACAUCUAAGUGGAAAUAAAUGCCAUAUAAACCUUACUCAUCAACAGGGUACACUUUCCCUUUAAGAGCAAGGGACAGAGGUGACUUCAUACCUAGGGAUUUUGACAGUUGGAUCAGUCCGUUGGUUGAUACUGGGGCGAGAGGUAAGUGUGAAUUUUCUCUGAGAGUUUUUUGCCAAAUAAUCCUUUAAUUUAGUUUAAAAAAAGAGGGGAAAUAGUUGGGUGAUGCCCUCAGUCUAGCAGAUGUUGCUCUUCUCACUGAUUUUAGUGAAUUUGGAGAACUAUCCCCUAAAAUGGGUUUUGGAGAUACAGUACCUUUAAUCUCAGCACUGGUUGGGAGACACAGACCCAGGAUUUGGAAGUUAUGCAGGGCUGACACAAAUAUACACCUUUUCUAUAGCAACCCCUUAAGAAAAUGAUAUUUGGGGACCCCUGUGGAUCAUUUCUGUUCCCAGUAUUGACAGGCUCCUUAGAGUUUUGCCCCUCUGCCCCUGGGUAUCUGCCCUGCUAUUAAGUACCAACACUGUAGCUAAAUACACGCUCCAUUUAUCCAAAUCUGGAACUAGGGGUGGGUAGCAGAGUCACAUGCCAUGGGGAUAAUUGGGGGGGAAGCUAAUGAGUGGGGGACAUACAGCAGGGUGUCAUAUAAGAAAGGUGACUUUACAACUAGGGAUUUGUCAGUUGGUUUAGUCCUUUGGUUUUAAUUGUGGUAAGUGUAUAUUCCCACUGAGAGAUGCUUAUUUUAGUGAAAAAAGAGGGGAAACAAUUGGGUGAUGCCCCCCAGACUAACAGAUAUUGAUCAUGUUACUGAUUUUAGUGAAUUUCCCCCUAAAAUGGACAAUGUCUUUACUCUUAGUGCUGGUUGGGAGACGCAGACCCAGGGUUUGACAGUUGGUUUAGUCCGUUGGUUGGUAGAGUGCUCAAUGUACUAUCCCUAUAAGAGAUUUAGGGGCUGACAGCAAAUAUACACUUUUUCCCAAUUGAAGCCCAUAAACAGAUAACAUUUGGGGACCCCUGUGCCUCACUAUAAAUACUUUAUUUGUAUGACCAGUAUUAACAGGCUCCUUACAGUUUUGCCCCUCUGCCCCUGGGUAUCUAACCUGUUCUGAUAUACCAACCUUAACAUGAAUUUAACGGAAUACAUAGCAAUGUCUUUUCCUUUCAUGUCUCAUGUGCAUUCCCUUCAAAUGUCCCGGCUGUGGGGGGCAAAAGGGUACAUGGUAGGGCAGUAUUGAUUCCAAUCAGAUUUAAUUGCUAUUCUGUAAAUGUUUCCUAUAGCAGGGGGUGGGCAAUCUGCACCUGGCCAGUGAUCUUAUGUACUAUGUAUUCAUUCUCUCUAUACCAAUGCUCAUUUCUGAUUGGCUGCUGGGAGGUAGUGCAUUGUAUAAACUGAGUGCCAGUACCCGCUGGGAGUGACACAAAGCUCACGUUUAGGGUAAAAUGGCCAGAUCUCCACCUUCCUCUGUAUUUUAUAAGAAAUAUUAAAUGUUAAAUGCAUUAUCCUGAAGCUAAUCUGUCAAUUUGUUCUCUUCCCAUACAGAUUGCUACAGUGCUACCUUUUUGGCAAAUCAACAGCGAUUUUGGACUGUGUUUUUUCCUGGCUUCUCCUUAGUUCAGAUUUUAACAUUCUUUUCUGAACACAUAUAAGGAGAGCCAGCGUCUAAAGAGGGAGACCCUCUGGGGUACCCCGGCCUUGUGCCGGCCCCUCUGAGCCAAAAGCCAAAAACAUCUCAGGCUUUUUGGUUUUUUUUUUUUUGCUUAUUUUUUUUUUUUAACAUCUGGCAUUUAACAUCUGCCAUCAUUUUUUCAACAUCUGCCAUCAUUUUUUUUUAACAUCUGGCAUCAUCAAGAACUACAUCAUCUUCUAUUAAGAGAGACAGCGACAAAGAUGGGUAUUUCAAACCCAAAAAAGCGCAAGAGAGAGGAGAGGAGUCGUGGAAGCGCCAAAAAGAACAGAGAUGAGCGCGUGCCCUGGCAACCUGCAGCGGAGGAGUCAGUUCCUAUACAAGACCAAUGGAACACCCUCAGGAACAUCGAUGGAGAACUGGACAUCUUUGAGGACUAUGGGGAAGAGAGCUACCUGUUCUAUAAAGCCCUAGAAGAGAAAUUCCAAACAUCGGGGAUUCUCACGAAGCAGACCACCAUUGCGGAAAGUGUUUGGCGGGAAAUCAUCACCAUUUUAAUCAAAGUACACAGACACUUUUCACUGGACUUCUCCACCUUGUGCCUUGCUGUAAAAUACAUGGCAAGGUACAUCUCUGGAAGGCAACUGAAACCUGGCAUCCUGAAACCAGUGGGGGCCACUAGUUUGUAUCUGGCCAUAAAGAUCAUGGAAGACAAUCCACCUAAUGCAGAAGAGUUUCUGGAGGUCUUUGGUGAAACUCUUUACUCACCAAGAGUCUUGGCAUUUGUGGAGGAUAUGAUGCUGUACCGACUGGAGUGUCGCCUGCACCAACCCACCGUAGACUUUUUUCUGGAGUACUUCACCUUAAUGAGUGUAUCCGCGGAGAUGUUUUUUUAUGACAACAUCACUAGAGUAGCCAAUGCUCUUACAGCUGCCAGGGGCAUUGCAGCACUGACCAUGAUGAAGUAUGAAUUUCAUACUUAUUUACCAUCUUUAAUGGCUCAGUGCUGCCUUAAAGCUGCUGAACACAUCCUUGGAUACAACUUAUUAGUGGAGUUGCCCAGCGACCAUCCAAGUCAGAUCGUGCAGAAAUGCCUCAGGAAAACUUUACUCCUGGCAUCAGCCAACAAAGAAUUUUUACAGCAACUUAUGCCAGGAGUCUUUCCUGAGGUGUUUCCCAAGUUUCCUUCUCCCCCCACCAUCCAGAGAGGAAGAACAGGAGCCAAGGAGCCAGCCAAGCAGCCACGUGAAACAUCUGCAAAAAAGCCACGUGAAGAGUCAGGAGCCAAGGAGCCGGCCAGGAAGCCCAGUAAAUCAUCAGCUAAAAGGCCAAAUAAAGAGACAGGAGCAAAAGAGCCAGCCAGUCAGUCCAACAAAUUGGCAAAAAGACUAAAGAUAGAGGCUUCUGUAAAUGAUCCCAAAGGUAGAGCCGAGUCAACAGCAGCAGAGGCAGUCGCACCCACGAGAAGAACAGCACGGAACACACAAAGAUGCUGUAAAUUUUGUAAUGGCACACGUGCAAACACAUAUCCCCAUACGCACACAGACACACACUGAACACACUUUCAUCCCACUGACAUGACCCCCAUACAUAUUUACACACACAUCUGAGUCACAGCUGCCAGAAGGGACAAGCAGUACCAUACUGGGGACAAGAAUAUGGUUAAACACACGCAAGCACCUUUAUGCCACUCGGUAGACCCUGCAUUCCUUUUCACUCAAUCCCUCUGCAGACUGCAAAGCCGGGUCUGGAGGCU